ACCUUCUGUUCCAUCACCAGACGAUGCAGCCCGGCAACUUCUCCCAGCACCGGACCUGCCGCAGUACAAAUGAGAGACCCUGAACAACAACGGUCAUCUUCAUAGACAGGUAAUGGCUCCAGUGUGACUAUUUUCAUCACCAUCCUGCCCAGCUGGCCUGUCUAACUCCGUAGCUAUGGCAACUUGUCCAAGAGGCUGCACCCCAGCGGUGCACCUUUGUCAGAAACUGAACCGACUCAAGACACUGGAUGAUGACAUGAUGGCCACAUCGCUGAAACGCUGUCUCUCCACCCUGGACCUGACUCUGUUGGGGGUUGGUGGCAUGGUGGGCUCCGGGCUUUAUGUGUUGACGGGAACGGUGGCUAAAGACAUGGUUGGGCCCGCUGUCAUCAUAUCCUUCCUUUUUGCAGGUUUUGCUUCUCUACUGGCUGCCUUUUGUUAUGCAGAGUUUGGAGCACGCAUUCCCAAAACAGGAUCUGCUUACAUGUUUACCUAUGUCUCCGUGGGAGAGGUCUGGGCCUUUCUCAUUGGUUGGAAUGUGAUUCUGGAGAACAUGAUUGGUGGUGCUGCUGUGGCACGUGCCUGGAGUGGCUAUCUGGACUCUAUUUUUAAUCACGCCAUCCAGAACUUCACAGAGACACACAUUAUGCAGUGGAACGUGCCCUUCCUUGCCCACUACCCUGACCUCCUUGCAGCAGGGAUUCUAGUUGUUGCCUCGUUCUUCAUUUCCUUUGGAGUCCAAGUGUCCUCUUACCUCAACCAUAUCUUCUCCACUAUUAGCAUGGGUGUCAUCAUUUUCAUCCUGGUAUUUGGCUUUGUUCUGGCUGAACCAGCCAACUGGAGCCAGAAAGAAGGAGGUUUUGCACCUUUCGGGCUUUCUGGAAUACUGGCGGGCUCAGCCACAUGCUUCUACGCAUUUGUGGGCUUUGAUGUGAUUGCGUCCUCAAGUGAGGAGGCAAAGAACCCACAGAAAGCUGUUCCCAUUGCUACUGCAAUCGCCCUCGGACUUGCAGCAACAGCUUACAUCCUGGUCUCCACAGUGCUCACGUUGAUGGUACCCUGGCAUACAUUGGACCCCAACUCAGCUCUAGCAGAUGCUUUCUUCCGCCGCGGUUACAGCUGGGCUGGAAUUGUUGUGGCAGUAGGAUCCAUCUGUGCCAUGAACACUGUGCUGCUCUGUAAUCUCUUCUCCCUCCCUCGCAUUGUGUACGCCAUGGCAGAUGAUGGGUUGUUCUUCUCCAUUUUCGCACGGGUCAACCCCGUCACCAAAGUCCCUGUCAAUGCUAUAUUGGUGUUUGGGAUCCUCAUGGCCACCAUGGCCCUCAUCUUUGACCUGGAGGCCUUGGUUCAGUUCUUGUCCAUCGGCACCCUCCUGGCGUACUCCUUUGUGGCUGCGAGUAUUAUUGUGCUGCGCUUUCAGCCUGACAAAUCCAGCUCCAAGGGAACUGCGUCCACAACCCCCAACCCUAUUUCCGAGCCUUCCCCUGCCCCCUCAGAGUCUCAGACCAUAACUGAGGACACUGAGGAGCUGAAGCAGUAUGAAUCCUUCUCUGACAAACUCCAGUUGGUGGAGAGGCAGGCAACGAGAGAGCGGCGCGGGGUGGGGCAGCUGAAGGCCUACUGGGAACCAUACCUGGGCAGGCUGCUGGGGGACUGUGAGCCAGGUGAGGUGGUGGCCUUCUGCGUGCUGACUCUGAUUGUGAGCUCGGUCUCAUUCUGUGCCGUGCUAGAAUUUGGAACUAAGCAGCUGCAGCUGCCACUCUGGAGCUUCACAAUGCUGCUGGUGAUUUUCAGCUUGGCGUAUGUUCUCAGUUUGGCGCUCAUAUGGAUUCACGAGCCACAGACCAACAGCAAAACAUUCCAGGUACCUUUGGUUCCACUGACUCCAGCUGCCAGUAUCCUCAUUAAUGUUUUCCUCAUGAUGAAGCUCAGCCCUCUAACCUGGAUUCGAUUCACCGUAUGGAUCGCUGUAGGUCUGCUUGUGUAUUUUGGCUAUGGAAUCUGGCACAGCAAGGAGGGCAAGCGGGAGUUGCAGCCCAAAGACAUGGCCGCCCGGUAUGUGGUGUUACCCAGCGGCAGCCUGGUAGAGACAGUGCAGUCUGUCCAGCCUGAUGGACAGGUGGACACCUCGGCACACCACAUCUCCCCCUCCACUGCCUCAACAGCCGAAGAGAGCGCAGGAAAGAGAUGAUGUGUGACCAAACAUAGUCAUUACUACUGCCUGGUAUUGUCUGUUGUCUCCAACUCAUACGCUUUAUUAUUACUAGUGUCCUCUCUGUGUCUCACUCCCUUUAGCGUGUGACUGGCCUGCCACAGUUUGUACUCGUUGCUCUGCUAAGCACACCACAGGAUGGGAUGCACGCUCUCUUGUCUCGUUGUGAAGCAUAUUUGUAUAUCUUGUAAUACUCGAAUGUACAGUAGAGAGCUUAAUACUGUCCUGUGAACUCCUAGCAUCAAAGUUAUAUCCUUUAAAAGACCAGCUCUUCUCUUGCAACCUUGCCAGUCUGUCCGAAUCCACGUGGUUAUAGGUUAUAUAUGGUGCUUUCUUUGUGACAAAUGUUUAAUUAAGUAUACUCAGCGGAUGUUUUUUAUACGUUAACACGGAUCUGGAGCUGGAAAAUCAACAUUCACCAAAAUUGUCUUUUUUGUUUUUUGGAAGAUAUCAUUUUGAGCAUAUCAGCAUCAUAUGUUGCAUGUGGUUUUCUUUUUUGCUUUUUGUUUGUUUGAUUUUUUUAGCUAAGCGGAGGAAUGCACAGAUUUUUGUGAGUUUAUAUUUUUGCCUUUUUCUCACAUUCUCCCAAAGCCUCAGGAGAAACAACUAAUAGUUUGGAUCCAUCUCCUCCUUCUGGUACUCAUAGACUGCCCUAAGUAUAGUGGUUUCUGACAUAUUAUUUAAUCCCAUAUUCUAAGAUAUAUAUUUAUUUUUCUAGUAUUUCCAUUGUUAUUAUACUAUUAUACAGAUCUUUUUCCUGUUUCUGCCUUUUCUCUGUGUUAUAGUGUCUGUUAUACAUUUUUUGCAUGUACCUCUGUUAGUCUUCAUCAUUAAUAUGUGUUCACCUUUUAAGUGGCUGCUAACUCUUCAGAGCUUCACUUAAUCUCCUAAAUCUGAUCCCAUGACCCUGUUCUUUUUUGUGUCACUGAUCUUGCUCUUGUGCGGUCUUUUUCUCACGCACACUCAGACGGCAGUCCUUUACCCCUUUCUCCCUGUUGGUACGAGAUUAGAAAUCAAAGCACAUAUAAUAUCGAGCUUUUAUUUUAUUGUGAUUUCCAGAGAUGACCUGAGAGAUAAUUAGAUUAGUGGAUAUAUAAACCAAGCACAAUCCUACUGAAUGGAAAUCUUCACACACAGGGUAGAAAACUGGCAUUCAGGCAGACAUUGGUUGUUAUGUUAAACCCGGGAUGUGCUCCAUCUCUCUCUGAGGCCUCUGUAAUCCCAGCAGAUUUGUAUUAGUCCAUGUUGCCAGUCUGCAGUUUGACCUAGAUUAGAGAAAGGCACAAAUGUGAGAACACUCAUAUCAUACAGAUAACAUUCCCACAGCCUGCACUUGUAAACAACAGUGUCAGUAAGUGAACGUGAGGCUUUGUUUUCUAUUACGUAACGUAUGUAAAAAGAUCCCAAUGAAUUCUGUUUUUAUUUAUUUCAGUUUGUGUUUGCAUGUUACAUAAGGAACCAAUGGCCUUAAACGUGAUAAUCGAUACAGACUGAUUCCCAAAGUUAAAGUUAUCAGUUUUAUUAAAUUUGUUGUUCAUUUAUUUCUCUGUGAGAUAAAACUCUUACACAGGACGUCAUGCUUUCUAGUUGUUAAACCAAAACACAAUCGUGGAAGAGAAUGUAGAGUAGGAGGCAUUCUGGCAGAAUUUCAGAGAAUUUUGUACAACUUUGCACACUGAAAACUAUUGUCUGGUGAUUUCUUUUUGUUUCACAGUUACGCUUUGGAUGUCGGGGCCAGUGACAGAUGUCGAUACCGUGGUGCUUUUUUAGGCUGAACGUUCUCUCAACACUUUCUCUGUCUUUUUUGUGCCAGGAAGCACAGUUAUAAAUGAUCCAGUUCUUUUCUUACUUCUGAAUAGUAUUGUACUCUGUACUUGCACAUUAAGUUCUUGAAUCUUUCUGUUAUAGUGUAUGUCUGUAUAAAAUGCAAAAGACUGUGUUAUGAAUUUAAAAAAUAAAUGUUUUGAA